AUGAUUCUACUAUUAGAAUCCAGAUUAAUAUGUCAUUUAAUUUUUUUUCUUACUAUUCAAAUAUUUCAAAUAUAUUGUGGUAAUGAUAACAUAGAUUUUGAACAAAUUUUUAAACAAAGACUAAAAGGAAAUAAAGUAGAUACGUGUCCUUGUAUAACAUUACCAAAUCAUUCAAAAUGUAUUAAUUAUGAUCCUAGAUAUCUUGCUGUAACAUUAGAGGAAGCUGUAUUAUCAUUUCAUGAUACAACAUAUGUAGAUACUCCACCAAUGACAUCAGAUGAAAUAACAAAAUUUCAAUGUAAAACUGAAGAAUGUUUACAAUGUGUUGGUAUUAUGAAUUAUAUAUUGUAUUAUCGUCAUGUUAUUAAAAGUAAAAAUUCAUUAAAAUUUAAUUUUCAUAUUCCAUUUGAUGAUGAAUUAAAUCCCUCUAAAUGUAAAAAAUAUAGAAUGACUGCUGAUAUUCCAAUUAUUACACCAGUUAAAACAUUAAUUGAUAACAUAGAACCACUUGUUAAAAAAGGAAAACAAUUUUUAAAUGCUUCAAAUAAAGAAUCUUUGUUAAGAUCCAAAUUUUAUAUUUCACAUAAACCAAAUAAUCUUUUACAAAGUAUUAAUCCAAAUAUGUCUUCUACAAAUAAACAAUCAACUGCAUAUGUAAAAUCUUCACAUAUAAUAAGAGAUUCUCAAGUUCGAAUAAAUCAAUUAUUAGCAUCUGUUAAUGUUACAAUAAAAAAAACUCCAUUGAAUCCUAAUCAAAAUAAAUCAACAUUUGUCAGUAAUGUUAAAUCUAAAUUAACUAUUAUUCAUAUAACUUCUACAACAACAACAACAACUACCACAACACGAAAACAAAUAGUAAAUGAAGAUAUUUAUAAUAUAAAACCACCCCAUAUUUUAAAAUAUGAAACAUUAGAUGAAAAAGUAAAAAUAAAAACAGAACGUUCUGUUCCACCAAUUACUCUUCAUUCUUCAAUGGAACCAAUGUUUCCACCAAAUUUACAUGGUCCACGUAUACAUGGAUCAACAAAUUAUCAACCAACAUCAAAAAAUUCUAUUCCCCAACCAUUAAUAGGAAUAAGGCACAAGAUAUCAUGUACACCACGGGGUCAACCAACAACAGGAACAUCAACAUUCAUAAAUUUAUGUUCAUUUUGUUGGUCAUGGAGAAGAUUACCAGAUGGAUAUUUUCCUAAAAUAAUAAAUGAAUUAGUAUGUGAUACAGAUAAUCAUUGUUUAUCUGGUUGGGGAACAUGUGAACAACUUCAUCGUAGUGUAGAUGUCUUUCGCCAAGAUCCCAAUGGAGAAUGGAAACAAAUAAGUCUUCAAAUAGCUAGUUGUUGUGUUUGUAAAGUACAAGCUGGUAGUGAUAUACACGGCCUUGUUAUGGGUUAA